UCCCGAGCGAGAAGUCCUCCCCCCCUCGCCUCGCCUCGUCUACUCCCCUCACAACCACCUCCAGAAGCCGCGUGGAGCCCUCAUCCAGAUCGGAGCCAGCCUGCGCCGGGUGAUGCCGUUCCGGCCGCGGGAGUAGCCGUCUCGCCCCCGCCCCCCGACCCAGGAGCCAUGGCGGAGGAUGGCGAGGAGAAGCUGCUCGCGACGGUGCAGCACAUCGUGCAGACGCUGGGGAGCAGCGACACCAUGACGGAGGACAUCCUCAAGGUCUUCUCCAACUACGACGGCCGCCUCUCGCUCGACAAGCUCUACGCCGCGCGCACCGCCGCGGCGGCGGCCGCUGCGUCCGGUGGUGGCGGCGGCGGCGGCGGAGGAGGAGGAGGAGGGGGAGGAAUUGUAGGGGAGCGCUCGAUGCCGACGUCGCCGCCGCUGCCCCCGCCGCCCGUGGCGGCGGCGGCGGUGUCGGCCGCGGGGCCGAGGCCGCCGAUCACGUCCAUGGAGCGGACCGUGCGCGCGCUCGACCGCCAGAUCUCGCAGUUCGUGGCCAUGGACCGGCUGAUUUGGGCGGACUCCGCCGACGCGGACGCGUUCCUGGAGGCGGUCGACGAUCUCAUCGGCACCGUGCAGGAGCUGGACGCCGCGGGGACCAACCGCGUCCUGCUCGACCGCGCCGACGAGCUGCUCAGCCGGUGCAUGGCGCGGCUGGAGGACGAGUUCAGGGCGCUCAUAGAGCGCCCCGACGACGCCGCCCCCGUGGUGCCUGGCGGGUUCGGAUCGGACGGGAGCGACGACGACGACGACGACUUCGGAGGCGGGGACGGCUACGGCGACGAGCCUAUCCCGAUCGCCAAGCCGGUGACGGACUAUGACGUCGUGAUCGAUGCUCUCUCCCCGGGGUCCAUCGCCAACGUGCACCAGAUCGCCAGGAGGAUGGUGGACGCCGGCUUUGGCCGCGAGUGCGCUGAGGCCUACGCCGCGGCGCGCCGCAGCUUUGUCGACGAGAGCGUUGCGCGCCUUGGCGUCCGCUCCCGCACCGCCGAGGAGGUUCAUGCCUCACCCUGGGAGGAGCUUGAGUUCGACAUCGCCCGCUGGAUCCCGGCCUUCAACAUGGUGUUCCGCAUCCUGAUUCCCAGUGAGCGCCGCCUAUGCGACCGUGUUUUCGACGGCCUCGCCCCCUUCGGCGAUCUUGCCUUCAUUGCCGCCGUGCGUACCCAGGCUCUGCAGCUCAUAUCGUUCGGUGACGCUAUCUCUUCCUCAAGCCGCGCGCCGGAGCGCCUCUUCCGCGUCGUUGACAUGUACGAGGCUGUGCGUGACAUUCUCCCCGACCUUGAUCCUGUGUUCUCUGACCCAUACUCUGCUGCACUCCGUGCGGAGGUCUCCGCGAUGUGCAACACACUGGGGUCCUCUAUCAAAGGUAUAUUUAUGGAGUUGGAAAAUCUCAUCCGCCGUGACCCUGCCCGAGUUGCUGCCCAAGGUGGCGUCAUACAUCCUAUCACUCGGUAUGUUAUGAACUAUCUCCGUGCUGCGUGUGGGUCGAGGCAGACAUUGGAAGAGGUGAUGGAAGGUGACUUUGGUGCUAAUGGAGGUGCGCCUGUGGCUGUUGACCCUGACCGCCCCACAUCAUCCCUUGCUGUGCACAUCGCAUGGAUCAUGGAUGUUCUUCAAAAGAAUUUGGAUACGAAGUCUAAGAUAUACCGUGAUCCGUCUCUUGCUUCUAUCUUCUUGAUGAAUAAUGGCAAGUACAUCAUACAGAAGGUGAAUGACAGUGAGCUGGGUGUUUUACUUGGUGAUGAGUGGAUCAAGCAGAUGACAACUAGAGUUCGCCGCUGGAGCAUGGAUUAUCAGCGGACAACAUGGGGCAAGGUUACAUCUGUGCUGCAGACUGGUAGUCCAGGCAUUGGUGGACUCCCAGCCAAGGCAAUGCUGCAGAAACUGCGUAUGUUUAAUACAUACUUCGAGGAGAUCUAUGAAGCACAGUCAAAAUGGAUGAUAGCAGAUGACCAGCUAAGGGUGGACAUUAGGGCAGCCGUGGAGGAGACAGUGAUGCCAGUUUAUGCCUCGUUAAUUGCCAAGUUGAAGUCUUCUCCUGAAACCGGGCGUGAUUUGUACAUCAAAUACACUCCAGAGGAUGUUGUAGCCCAUAUCCAGCACUUGUUUGAAGGAGCAGCAAAGUGACAAAUGAUAUGCAGCCUUGUAGCCUGUUAUACUGCAGGUUCUGCCCUUCUGAACUUGUGAAGAUGCUAUCAUGGAUUCUCCAUUCGUGGUUAAUGUCUUGUACUCACAUAUGGUGAUGCUGUUGUCUCGAAUUACAACUGUGCAUCACUGUUUUUGUCCUCCAUGAGAAAGUUAUUCAGUUUGGCAAAUGUUGUAUAUGUGUGUAGGUGUGUCUGUAUCAAUGAGUAGCAUGAUUAUUUUGUAACAAUAUUAGGGUUCUAUUUCUGUUUCGAGCACUACUUUAAUUUAACCCCAUUAAGUAUUAUGUGUGGAUUUCAAUAUUUGAUUCA